AUGUGUUAUAUGUCUAAGUCUAAGAACCACACCGCCCACAACCAAACUAAGAAGGCUCACAGAAACGGGAUCAAGAAGCCAAGAACCAACAAGUACCCAAGUUUGAAGGGUGUUGAUGCUAAGUUCAAGAGAAACCACAGAUUUGCUUUGCACGGUACUGCCAAGGCUUUGAAGGCUGCCAAGUCUUCUGCUUAA